AUGACCUGUACAUCACACGAUAGGAAAAAGUUAGAAAAUAACAAAUCAAAAAGACAACCAAUACGUCGACAACCACCACCUCAUGAGAGAAUGGAUCCCACAUAUCAACCGAACUAUAGUUAUGAUAACAGAGGACAUAGACCUGAUCGCACACCUCAUAUGAGACCAGAUUUUGAUCAUAGAUUUGAUUACAGACCACAUUCGGUACCCGAUGUUUUUGGUCAAAAAGAUGGAGAAGAGACUAAGGGUAGUGGCGGCGGAACUAAGGAUAACAAAGGAAAACGUGUUACUGUAGUUGCUGUUAAAAAUAAACAACAAAAUAAACUUGUAUUUAGAUCAGUCAAUAGUCCAGAAACUAAAAAAACUAAACGAAUUGCACCCAAAAAAUUACAAUUAGUUAAAGAUCCGAAUUGGAAACAAAAUUUGCAAAAAUGGAGAGAAAGUAAAAGAAAACGAAGAAGAGGUGGCGGCGGCGGCACUGGUGGUGAUACUGAUGGCGAUACUGGAGGAGAUACAGGUGGCGAUACUGGUGGUGAUACUGGAGGUGAUACAGGAGGUGAAACUGGGGGUGAUAGUGGAGGGGAUACUGGAGGGGAUACCGGUGGUGAAACUGGUGGUGAAACUGGUGGCGAUACUGGAACUGGAGUAUUUAUUGCUAGUAUUGUAUAUUUUAGUGAACAACAACAACAGCCCAACCCAUCGGGUGGUGGACACAACAGAAGAAGAGGAGGUGUCCGGGCAGACAAUGUUCGGUCACACCUUACGAAUAGAUUGCGAUUCAGUGGUUCGGGUAAUGGAAAGCCAAACAACGGGUUUGGACACAGUGGGGCCAGAAGUUUGUCGUUGUCUCGCAAUAGUAAUUGGCGCAGGGAUUUAGCAAAUAGCAAAAUGAGACGCAGAGGUGGAGGUGUCGGUGGAACGGGAGGUUAUGGAGGUUCUGGAGGUGCUGAAGGUGCUGGAAGUUAUGGGGGUUCUGAUGGUACUGAAGUGUUAAUUAGUAUUACAGUCUAUCUAAGUGUAGAGCAAAAUAAACCCAAUAAAAGACGUUUAAUCCAAACAUUUAAUGUCAACUCAAGUCUUCCCAAUAGAAUGCGUUUCAGUGGUUCGGGUAAUAGACGGCUAAACAACGGGUUCGGACAAAGUGGGUCCAGAAGCUUAUCGUUGUCACAGAAUAACAAUUGGCGCAGAGAUUUAAAAAAUAGCAGAAUUAAACGUAGACGUAAUGGAGGUACGGAUGCGGGUGGAGGUGGAGGUAGUGAUGGUGGCGGAGAUGGUGGUGGUAGUGAUGGAGGUACGGAUGCCGGUGCAGCUGAUAGUGAGGCUGGACAGUGA